AUGGACAUCGAAGAUCUUGCGGAUAAGGGAGAAAUAAGGGAAGAUGGUGAUUUCAACAAAGGGAAAGUUGUCACUCGCCGCCACAAAAGAAGAAUUCGCAAUGCCGAGGCCGUCGAGGCGGAUUCAAGCUUCGCCCGGGGCCAAAAGAUUUACGUGCGCACCUGGGGAUGUACUCACAACACUUCCGAUUCAGAGUACAUGGCCGGCCAACUGGCGGAAGCGGGAUAUGAUGUUAAACUUGACGAUUCGAAGAGAUUGGAAUGCGAUCUUUGGUUGUUGAACAGCUGCACCGUAAAAGCGCCAGCAGAAGAUCAUUUCAAGAAUGCGAUCAGCGCCGCGCAGAAAGUAAACAUCCCAGUCGUCGUUGCUGGCUGCGUGCCUCAAGGAGCCCCCAGCGAUAAGUUUGUCAAGGGCCUCUCUACCAUCGGCGUACAGCAGAUUGACCGGGUCGUUGAAGUGGUGGAAGAGACACUGAAAGGAAACACGGUGAAAUUGCUUGGACCCAAGAAGCGAUCCGGAAAAAGAAUCGGAGGUGCUGACUUGGGGCUUCCGAAAGUAAGAAGAAACGCGUUGAUUGAGAUUAUCUCCAUAAAUACAGGCUGUUUAAACUCUUGCACUUACUGCAAAACGAAACAUGCUCGAGGUGACCUGGCGAGUUACCCAAUCGACGAGAUCGUCGCUCGCUUCGAACAGGCUUUUCAGGAAGGAAUCGUUGAAAUCUGGCUUACCAGCGAAGACACGGGCGCUUACGGACGAGAUAUCGGAACAAACAUUGUUGAGCUUCUAAAUGCUGUUGUGAAGACCAUUCCAGAUGGAUGCAUGAUGAGAAUAGGAAUGACAAACCCGCCGUAUAUUCUUGAGCAUUUAGAGGGAAUCGCCAAAAUUUUAAAUCACCCAAGAGUCUACUCAUUUCUUCAUGUGCCAGUGCAAUCCGGAUCCGACGCUGUUCUGAAUUCAAUGAGAAGAGAAUACAACAGAGAGGACUUUUGCAAAGUCGUUGACACCCUUAGGAGUAGUGUGCCCGAUUGCAACAUCGCUACAGAUAUCAUCGCCGGUUUUCCUACGGAGACAGAAGAAGAUUUCGACGAGACAAUAUCGCUCUGCGAAAAGUACAAAUUCCCUAGUUUGUUCAUGAACCAAUUCUUCCCGCGUCCAGGCACGCCGGCAGCAAAAUGGGAGCAAAUCCCGCGUCAAAUCAUCAAAGAACGAACGAAAAAAUUAUCGACCGUCUUCAAAAGCUAUUUGCCGUUUGAGGGAAGAAAAGGCGAGCGCCACAGCGUCUUGAUUACGGAAAUGGCGCACGAUAAAGUCUCCCUUGUCGGCCACACAAAAUCUUAUCACCAAAUACUUGUCAAAGGAAACAGCGAUGAAUUGAUGGGCAAACGAGUCGACGUCGUCGUCACCGAGACAACAAAACAUUCGAUGCUCGGUGAAAUUAUUUCAGAACCAAAGACUGUCGCGAUUGCCCAAAAUCUGCAAAUUCUAAAAGAAAAGGAAAAGGCCAAACCAAAAAUGAGCAGAUCGAUGCAAAAUCUGCUUCGAGAGUUUCGAGCCCUCUACGAAGAGCGUUUGAAACGGCUUGAUUUGACGACUUCGCCAGAAAACUAUCGAGCAAAAUGCGAAAUCUACCAACAUUACGUCCACGAUUUGUUGGAGCAAAACGACGCCUUGAUCAAUGCUCUGAAAGAUUCCGAAAUCAAGGUGGAAACAUCUGCUGAUAUGGAGCGAUCGCUGACUGAAGAGAUCUCUUUGGCGAAAGGUUUUGAAGAGCAGCUUUUCGCUUGCCGCCAAGAGAAGAUUCACCUCGAAGUGGAAAACGAAGAUCUCCAACAGCAAGCUGUUCGAUUGAGAGAAAUGCUCGACGAUGCGGACAAUGGAAAAGAAACGCUCGAAAGCGCCAUUUCUAUCGCACACGACGAUCUAGCGAAGCUCAGAAUCGAACUUGAAGCCGUCCGUGGAGAAGUGAGAGAUGCUGAUCAGAAAAAUCACACGGCAGAAAGCAAGUGUAGCCGAGUACAGUCAGAUCUUCGACUGGAACAAGCAGAAAACCAGAAGCUCAACAGUCGACUUGAUUCUUGUGAAAAAUCGCUGGAGCGCGCCAAGUCUGAAAAUCAUUCCUUACAAAACAGACUCAUCGCGCUAGAAAACGAACUCAACGAGAAAUCCAUCGAACUAGCGGGCAUGGAACGGGAGUUGAUCAGCUUCAAAGUCAGCCGGGACACUGGAAUCGAGCAGAGUCACGUAGACAAGCAAGAAAAGCUCCUCCUUUCCGCGAAAGUAAGCGAAUUGGAAAAAGAACUCAGGCCGCUGCGAGAGGAGCUAUCUGAAAAAGGCGAUAAAUUGGUACGAGAGAAAGACUUGAGCAUAGAACUCGCGUCGACGAUUAGUCGACUGAGGGACCAGAUCACCAUCCAAGUUGAAAAUUCUAAAAAGCUCGAGAAACAAAAUCAGGACGUCAAAAGAAAGCUCAAAGAAUCCCAAACUGAAGUUGAAGCGAUUGACAAACGCCGCUCAGCGCUGACGUCUGAAAAUCAGAAGCUCCGAGAGACGCUCCACAAGAGCCAACUCGAAAGGCAGCGGCUGAAAGACGAGACCUGUCAACAAGAAGUGACGAUGAACGGCGAGAUGCGGCAAUUGAAGGAGCACAUUGGCGACCUUCAGGAAAAGAUCGAUCGAAGAACCCGAGAGACAGAAGAGCUUUCGGACAGAGUCGGUCGUCUCACAGCUUCAGUUGCGACGCACAAAGUCGCAGAAAAAUCAGCAAAGGAUCAUAUCGGAGAGCUUCAAGUCGAAAUAUCCGACUAUAGGCAGCGAAUAGUAGAAGUUACUGCCGAAACUAAAAACUAUGAAGACAGAAUUUUAAUACUCGACCAACAGUUGCAUGAUCGUGAUGUCGAAAUUGAAGCAAUUCGAUCAUCCUUGAAUACCAAGGCUGCCGAAUGCGAAGAGCAGCUUUCAAACAGCUCAAAGCAAGAACAACUUGUUCACGAGCUCACAACCGAGCUUAGUGCAAAGAAUGCUGAACUUCGUCGCGCUCAUCUCGAUCUUGACGCUCAAAAAGUGGAACUGACGAAUAACGCCGAAAAGAUCCAACACAUGGCUUUGAAAAUUCAAACGCAAGAAGAAGUCAUCAACAUCGCAAAGGGAGAAAUCGAAGACUACGAGCGAAUGAAGCCCCAUCCAGAGUCGGAGGUCAUCAAUCUCAAUUCUAAACUGGACCAGCUUAGAUUAGAAGGCGAUUCCUUGAAGGUAAAGCAUGCUGAGACUGUGAAGAAGCUUGCUGAUGUUAGCUUGCUAUGUAACGAGCUGAGGAACAAGCUCAAAUCAGCGGUCGGUCAAAGGGAUCAAGCUCAGCAACUGACGAAUCUGUACGAGGGAAAAUUCAGUUCUGCUGAAAGGCAGCUCAAGGAGCUCGAAUUCAAAGUACAUCAAGCCCACAGCCAAGUGGAUCGCGAACGAGAAUGCUCAAAAACUCGACAAGAAGCGAUGGAACAACGAAUCAAGGACAUUACCUCGGCCCGUUUGAGCUCGGAAGAGAUGGCUCAACAACUUCAGAGAGAGAUCGCCAAUCUGCGCGCUGAAAACUCGCAGAUGAUCAAGAACUCUGAACGAGACUCAGAAAAACAGCAUCUGAUUGAGAAGGAACUGCAUGUUUCAUCAACAGAAAAUGAAAGACUGGGAACAAGGCUGAAUGAAUCAAGAGUUGAAAUCGAAAAACUCACAAAACUCGUCGAAGAUCUCACUACAAACUGCGAAAAUCUUCAACGGCAGCGAAGAGAGUCCGAUUCUCUUCUCCGCAACCUCCGCGGCGAGCUUGGAAUUGCAUGCAAAACUCGUAAAGCUGCCGAAGCUCAAAUGGAAACUUACCGUAGCUCAAUUAAAUCUCUCGAGGAACAAGUCACAUCGCAUCUCUCCACCCAGGCAAAACUUGAGGAGCAACUGAAGUCGAAGGCAAUCGAAGAAGACGCAUUGAAGAGUAAAAAGAGGAAUUUGAAGUCGAGCGUCACUGAACUGGAAGACCAAAAACGCUCGCUUCAGAAUGAUGUCGACAAGUACAAGCGUACUGCAGCUGAGCAAAGAAGCAGAAUAAAACAGCUUGAAGAAGCCCUGCGAGCAAUUCGAAGAGAAACAGAAACUCAUCACACGAGGCAAAAGCACGAGCAAGAAAAGCUUCGAAAGCAAAACGAUGCCUUGGCGUCCGAGCAAACGAGGAAAGCGGCCGAGUUUGAUGGUAAAACGAUUCGCUACCAGGAGGAAGUCUCGAGGCUAGGAGAUGUUAUUAGCAAACUUCAGUCCGAGCUUGAAACGACCAAAACUCAACUCUCUGCAAGCCAACGACUCGAGCAUCAAGCCAGAAUCGACGUAGCCACCAUCCGAGAAGCUGGCAAAUCCCGUGACGACAGACGAAAUGAACUCCAGUGUGAGUACGAUUCGUUGCAGCGCGAGAAUAGCCGCCUCAUGGGCGAAAUGGCGCGGCACAUCAAAGAGAAGGAGAUGGCAGUGGCAGAAGAGGAUAGAUUGCGAAAACAUAGCGUCAAGCAGCAGGCGAUGCUGCAAGAAAUGAGACGCAAACUUGCUUCCAAAGCUCAUUAUCAAGACCUGAAAGUUCACUACCAACCUCACACGCCCGGACCCUUCGGCGACUCGUUUGCGAGCCACAAUUGA